AUGAAUGAUGCUAUGGACAAUACCAUGAAUGAUACCAUAAAUGAUACUACGAAUGAUACUAUGAACAAUACUAUGAACGAUACUGCAGACAAUAUUACAAACAAUAUCAUGAACAUAAAUGAUGUAAUGAACAUAAACAAUGCUAUGAAUUGUGCAAUAAGUAUGAAUAAUACUAUGAGUGAUACUGUGAAUGAUGCUAUGAAUAAUGCUAUGAACAAUGCUGUGAGUAAUACCAUGAAUGAUUUUGUGAAUAAUGACAUAAUUAACAGUGCACAAAUUCAACUCUUUAGUA